AUGUCGCAACGGCAACAACAACGAAGCGCACCAGCGCCUUCGCAAACACAAACACAAACCGAGACCCCGACGCAAACACCGGAAACAAGAGAACAAGCGCCUCAGAUCUUGAGACUUCGAGGCGCUCAUGCGGCCAAUGGGCGAUCCGUACAGUGGGCAGAGGACGUGGUAGACAAUGAAGGUCUUGGACGCAAGAGCUCAAAAGCCGUCGACGAAUCCAGCGACGAGUCUUCCUCUGACUCCGACUCAGAUUCAGACUCUGGCUCUGACCGCGACGGGGCACAACCAGCGGAUGGGAAGCGUCAAAGCUGUGGGCAUGGACACGGACACAGUCAUGGACGUGAGAGGAGAAACAGAAAGGGAAAAGAGAAGAGGGCGCCGAGUCCGAAUGCGUACGAGAAGGUGCCCAAGCCAAAGCCCAAGGAUGGACCGUCGGAAACCAAGUCGUAG